AUGUUAGUAUUAAUCUAUUUUCUCAUAAUUAUACAGCCGUAUUUGUAUAUCGCAUCAAUUACUAUCCAAGAUCCUGGCGAUAUAAUUGAUACUUCAAAGGAUACAGCAGACAAUGCUAUUAAAGCUAAUUAUAAUGUCAUGCCUGUGAUGUAUUUGUUAUCACCACUUCAAGCUACAAGUUUCUUCAAUGGAACUCAAUCUUCUUCUUGGAUUAGCCAUCAAACAUUCUCAGCAACUGCUAAUGAUACUAAUGUUAUUGUUGUUGGUAAUGGAGCUCAAUUAAAUCUUUCUUUCGUUAACAUUGUUAAAACUGGAUAUUCAUCCAAUCUUCUUCAAGCUAGCUUCUUUGGCGUGAAUGCAGCGAUCAAUAUUCAAAAUGGAUCUCGUGUCUUUUUCGAUCAUUUGAAUGUAACUACGCAUAAUGGAGCAGCUAAUCUAUACUCGUAUGGAAAUGGAUCCUAUGCCUAUGUUGAGAAUUCAUUCUUAUAUAGUUCAGGACCUGCAGCUCAUGGACUUUAUGCUGGUGGAUACGGAACGGUUGUAGGAAAAAACAUUGCUCAUUACUCAGGUGGUAAUCGUUGUUCAUCAUUUGCAGGUGAUUCACCUGCAGGUUAUGUUACUAUUUCAGAUGCAAUUGCCCAUACAGAUGGUAUUGGUAGUGCAACUUUCUAUGCACUUGGAACAAUAACUGCUACGAAUGUCAUCGGUUAUGCUGCAAAUGCACCUGCACUUUUCUCCGAUGGUCGACAAAUAUCAGUAUUUACCAAUUGUGAUCUUACAGCUGGACUUCUUGCUGGUACUGUCAUGUUUAGUUCGAUGAUUCGACAACAAGGUGCCAUGCUCAAUAUCACUAAUUCAAGACUGACUGCACUCGGUAAUACAAUGCCUGGCUUAUGGUUUGGAAAUGUGAUAGCUACCGUUUAUCUUUAUAACACAAUAAUUAAUACAGCAUCGAAUAUUCUCGUUACAGCUAAUUACUCUCAAGUGACACAAGAUUUUAAUUAUUAUGCAGGCUAUCCAGAUAAUCCAAAUCUUUUACCUGCAGUUGUCACAAUCAAUGUUGUCGAAUGUGCACUUACUGGUCAACUUAUUGCUUACAAUGGGAGUAGUAUUAAUUGGAUCAUGAGUCAAUAUUCAACAUGGAAUGGUAAUGCUUAUUCUGGCUAUGGUAACUCAUAUAUUAGUAUUUCUCUUGAUUCGACUUCAAUAUGGAAUGUAACUGGUAAUACAAUGCUACAAAAUCUUACAACAAGUAAUAAUAGUUUAGCAAAUAUCAACAGUAAUGGAUAUAAUAUUUCUUAUGAUUCAAAUUCGACUAUGAAUAGUUGGCUUAAUCAAACAACAGUAUCACUCACAGGUGGUGGCAAAUUGAUGCCUGCAAUACCAGGACAAUCAGUAAUUACUACAACGCAAGUGACAACAUCAUCUGCAAAGCAACAAACUCCUUCACAUUCAAUUUCUAUCUUUAGUGUUCCCAAAAUUUUUAUUUUGCACUUGUUUUCGAUCAAAAUUCUCAUAUUUCUAUUUUUUCAUUGA